AUGUCGACCACCCCAUCUCCCAAAAAGUCUGGGAUUUUGGGUGAUUUCACAGCCGGUGAAAUAAAGCUCAUUAUGGCCAGUGUCCUGUGCAUGGGUGGAAAACUUGAUACCGAAAAACUCGGAAAGCUGAGCAAUAUGAAGAGAAAAUCAGCAGGCAGCCGGUUUCCCUCCAUUAAGCGCAAGCUGGAAAAGAUGUUUGAGGAUCAGCUGGACAACCUAGACGACGACCAGACCAACUCGAAUGCCAAGGGAAAGUCUCCAGCCAACAGCCGCGCGAAGAAGCGUCGGGACAAAGCUGUUGACCCGCAGCUUGAGCCCAAACAUGACAUCAAGACCGAGGCUGAAUCUGAAGAGGAUACCAAGGAUACUGUGAAAGUUGAGAUUGUGGUUGAAUCGGGAGAGAGCACCGACAGUCUGGUGAAGGUCAAGGCCGAUACCGAUGCCCAUAUCAAAAUCAAGCCGGAGCCUAUUGACUAA